UUAUGCUUGUAUCUAUGUAGGCGAAGAACCCUUGUUGCUAUUGGCACACAUGAUCUGGAUACGAUAGAAGGCCCUUUCACAUACGAGGCAUUACCACCACCGGAGAUAAACUUUAUUCCACUGAAACAGACGAAGAACUUCAGAGCUGAUGAACUAAUGCAAUUUUACAAGUCAGAUAUGAAAUUGAAGAAAUUCUUGCAUAUAAUUGAGAAUUCGCCGGUUUUCCCAGUCAUAUAUGAUCGUAGCAGAACUGUUUUGUCAUUGCCUCCAAUUAUUAAUGGUGCACAUUCCGCCAUUAGUUUGAAGACAAAGAAUGUCUUCAUUGAAUGCACUGCCACAGAUUUGACAAAAGCCAAUAUUGUUUUAAACACAAUGGUAACCAUGUUUUCAGUGUAUUGUGAAAGGAAGUUUGAGGUGGAGCCUGUUGAAGUCAUAUACGAUGAUGGAAAAUCAUACAUUUCCCCUGAUCUGUCUCUUUACCAAAUGAUGGUGAACUUAUCUUACAUCAGCAGUACAAUUGGAGUCUCUCUGCCAGCCCACGAGGUUGCUCGCUCGUUGAAUAAAAUGCAACUGCACGCAAAGCACUCUGUACUGGAAAAUAAUGAAACUGGUUUCACUAUAUCUGUUCCUCCGACAAGAAGUGACAUUCUUCAUCCUAUUGAUGUGGCUGAGGAUUUCGGAAUUUCUUAUGGCUACAAUGAAAUCCCCAAAAAAAAAAUUCCAUCCGUGAAGCCACAGAUAUUGAAUCAGUUCACUGAUCUUAUUAAAGAGGAGAUUGCCAUGGCUGGCUAUACUGAGGUCUUAUUAUUUAUAUUAUGUUCAUACAAAGAAAAUUUCACCAUGCUUAACCGGAAGGAUGACAAGUCAACUGCAGUAAUAAAUGGAAAUCCUCGUACUGCAGAGUUUGAGGUUUCUCGCACAAGCCUUAUGAACGGAAUAUUGAAAAGUAUUGGGCAUAAUAAAGACCACCCAAAACCAAUUAAAAUCUUUGAAGUGGGUGAUGUGGUGCUAUUAGAUGAGACGAAAGAUGUUGGUGCAUCAAAUCGUCGCCAUCUUGCAGCUGUAUAUUGUGGGGUUACCUCCGGAUUUGAGCUGAUACACGGUCUUGUGGAUAGAGUAAUGGAAGUGACUGGAAAUCCAUUUGUAUCACCUGGGGAUAAAACAGGCUACUACAUACUCAGUUCAAAUGAGCCCGAGUUUCUUCCAGGUAGACAAGCAAGCAUCAUAUACAAAGGAAAGCAAGUUGGCACUUUUGGAAUCGUGCACCCACAGGUGUUGGAUAAUUUUGGCAUUCCAGACCCAUGCUCCUAUAUGGAAGUCGACAUCGAGAGUUUCUUGUGAAAACACCAAAAACCCCCCCUAUUCAUUCAUCUAGAGAAAAAUACCAUUUAAAAUUCCUACUCCCGUCCUCUUUUGUCGUAUUUAAUCUCAGUUAUUUAUUUGAAUGAAGAAAGUAAAUACCAUACAAAUCUUGUUUCUGCUUUGCUUUAGCACUUGGAUGUGAACAAUAGUUUUUUU